GUGCCCUGUGAGACUGAAAACAUGGCGACCAUGAGACAGGGGAAAUCACAUGGAGCUGUGUGUUUUGGCGUUUCACAAGUUGUGUCCCAAAUGAUGCACUAUACACUAUGUACUCAACCGUAUCCUGUAUGAAUUUUAUAAGGUUAUUUGUUUCAUCGGAGUCUGAUAUUAACACCCCCCCGCGACAGUUGAGUGCAUCAUCCGGGUACUUUUUGUAUUUGGAAUGUUCAGCGUGAACACACUACUCGCACUAUUUAUACUACAAAUCGGCAUAGAAUAGUGCACAAGUACGCGAAUUGGGACACACCCACAGUGUUUUCUUGGUGUUUAUGACUAGCUCGUUUGCUGGAAACUCGUUUGGAUAAACUGAAGAUUUGUAUGUCUGUAAAACGGAAUCUUCCAGCCUGGAUGAUGGUCGCAUCUGACCAUAAAAGUGGCAAAGAAAAGCGGAUUAGAGAGUCGCUAAAGAGGAAACCGGAAGUAAACACGAAGAAAUGUGUACGGAAAAAGUGCACCAAAAGGAUGAUGUACUGGAUGAAUGAAAGGGAGCUCGUUGAAACAGCACUCAGUGUUCUAAGUAGAGAUAAAGGAGAGACAUCUGGAGAAGACAGAUGGGCUCCGCUGACCACUGACAUGACCGUGAUUCCAGAGACUGAUCAUGAAGAGACGACAGACUCAGAAGUUUCUCAGCCAGCCGUGGAUAUUGCUGAGCAAGAGACAGUACCAUACAGCAAGUGUUUAGAGGCGAGACGGUGCAGUAGUGUAUCUGAGAGCUCUGAUGAGCAGGGAUUAGCAUCGUCAGUGGUUUUGGAGAAGGAAGAUGAGUCUGAGGAGCAGAAUCACAACUCUCAGCGUGAUUCUGAUCAUGAAGCUCUGCAGGUGCUGCGAGAGAUCUUUUUCAGCUGAUGUUGAAACCUGAGUGCUUGGGUUUUGUGUUCACAGCAAGAAAACUGAUGAACUGGUAACUCGGGGACAACACCAGAUAAUUCUGUAUUAUUGUCCUCUGUGUAAAGCCUUCACUUCGAGUGUCCUGUGUUGCCAUAAAGUUUAGUCCAAGUCAGCAUCAGCUAAACUCCCCCCCCCCUCUUUCAGAGGGAAAAAACAGAAGAGAUAUAGAUAUGAAUAAUGGGUGGCAAAUUAAGUGUUCUAUUAAAGUAUUGGGCCACCACCAGAACAGAUUCAAACCAUCUUGGCACAGAUUCUGCAAGUCUCUGGAAUGGUACUGGAGUCAUGAACACUGUUCUUCCCUUAACUGCAGUUAGGGUGGUGGUGGUGGUGGUCUAACAUCUCACUCUACAAUCUCCCAUAAAUAAGUAUUCAAUUAUGUCGAGAUCUGGUGACUGUAAAAGCCAUAGCAUAUGACGUAAAUCAUUUUCAUCCUCAUUAAACCAUUCAGUGAGCCUUCGUGCUCUGUGGAUGGGGCAGAGCCAUCCUGUUAGAGACCAGGACAUAAAUGAACUUUGUAUUGAUUUGCAGUGUGUCUUGUCUUGAAGGGCACAAGUGGAAUUAAACCAUACCAGAGUAAAAUAUCCUCCAGAGCCUCUGGACUUCCUCAGUGUAGGGGUAAAAAAAACAAAAAAAAACGACAGUACUCUUCUCUUGGUUCACACCACACAUUCAUUCACACACCAACUAUUUGAGAGUAUGUUGAUGAACGUAUCACUAUAUCACUACUAUAUCACUUAUAUGCAGUAGCAGUGGUUUUUUUUUUUUGUUUUUUUUUUUUUUUACACACCAGUGAACCCUAAAAUAUGCAUUCAGCUGUAUAAUGAGUGAUUUAUACACUACAACCCUACUAUAAUAUCCUUCUCUGUAUAAUCGUCGAUGAUUUUUGUUGAGUCUCAUCAUGUAUUGCAGUGCAGAGAAUCUCUGUUCUCAAUCACCUGAAGAAAAAUACCAACUAUUUCAAAAUCACUUAGAUCUUUUCCUCUGGCCAUCUUGAGCCAAAAUCACAGUCGCUCUGCAUUAUUAUACAUUCUACAGAGUAUCAGAAGAUGCAAAAUGCUGUCUGUACGCAUCUUGUUUUUCUUUAAUUUGUCACUCAUCUGUGUGAGUAUAUACACCAACUCAUUUUCAUAAGUCCUUUGCAUGUACUGGACACAUCCCAUUUCCUUGUAAACUUUGCACAUUCUGUAGUUUUAUUACUAAAGUGCAACUUGUAUGGUCUGAAUUAAUUUCGAUGAAAAGUGAUAACAGAUCUGAACAGCUGCCAUACUAAGUGUAACCCUUAUGAAUGAAUAAACGUCAUAUGUUGCAUGUUAUGUAUGAUUUUACAUGUCGGCUGUCACACUAUAUUACCAAAGCUGAAGAAUUCCCAGUAUGUUCAUGAUACUUGGCAAUAAAGUGUCUUAUACUUUA